ACACACGCUUCAAUUCUAGUUCCGAUAUGCGCAAUGAAAUGUUUGCGCAUGUCAAUAUUUCGCUGGAUAAAGGCUGUUUGGCAUUCUUUCGGAUAUCCAAAAAGUGAUCAGGCAUGAAUAUUGGAGCAGUAAGCAUGCAGAGUUCAAUAGCGAACACCAUCACUAUAAACAGCUCUGGGAUGUCGGCUGAUAUGAUGGACGAUGACAGUGAUCUCAGUUCACCAGACAGUACAUUUGACGCAUCAGAGCUGAUGGACCAGGGUAUUUCCCAUGAUGACAUCACUUCACAGCUGGCUGCUGCGGGGCCUGUUGGAAUGGCGGCAGCUGCAGCUAUCACUUCAGGAAGGAGGCGGAAAAGACCACACCUGUUUGAAACGAACCCUGCAGUCAGAAAAAGACAACAGACUAGAUUGUUGAGAAAACUGAAAAGUUGCAUUGAGGAGUACACAACUCGUAUCGGGCAGCAGGCCGUAAUUUUAUGUUGCACACCAAGCAAAGUGUCCAAUGCCAACUCUUACAAAGUGUUUGGUUCACAGCCCCUUGAAUCUGUGAUCAAGAAUUCCAAGAACAUGAUCCUACAGGAUCUGGACACAGCCCUAGCAGAGCAUACACCUGAGCACAACCUUGACCCUGGUGUGUUUGAGUUACCUGCCCUUGCACUGGACGGCAUCCCUACACCUAUAGAUAAAAUGACACAGGCCCAGUUGCGUAACUUUAUUCCGGAGAUGUUGAAAUAUUCCACAUUGCGCAGCAAACCUGGGUGGGGAAAGAUGGAAUGUAGACCGCCAUGGUGGCCCAAUGAAGUGCCCUGGGCUAAUGUGAGAAGUGAUGUACGCACAGACGAACAAAAACGAAAUGUGUCAUGGACAGAUGCACUACGGGCAAUAGUGAAAAACUGUUAUAAACAUCAUGGGCGUGAAGACUUGUUGAACAUAUUUGGUGAGGCAGCAUUUCCCCAGUCAGGCCUAAUGAACACAAUGAUCCAGACUAUCACGAACCCAGAUGGUUCUGUGUCUAUUAUACAUAUAGACGCUACUCCAAACUCUGUUGUUACUCUGCCAGACGGAUCUCAAGCUACUGUGGUGCAGGCAGUAAACACUAUGCCCUCAGACAGCCUGAACUCGGAGAUUGUAGAGGCUAGCCAGCUACAGGAGUCCGGGAUCCAGGGCGUCGCCAUACAGCCUACCACCAUAGAGCUACCCCCUGGGGUCACCGCCGGCAGAAUACUCAUGCCUAACGGAGACUUUAUACAGAUAUCUACUGACCCUGCUACUGGCCUGAUGACGAUUCCAGCUUCUGUAUAUGAGCAACUAGUCCACACCCCACAGUCAGUACAGCAUGGCCAAACCCAGCCAACACUGGUCCCCAUGCAGCAACAGCAGCACAACUUCCAGCAGCAACAACAGCAACAGCAGGUGGAAGGAGCCAAGGAGGUGGAGGAACACCUUCAACAACUGCAUCAGCAACAACAGCAGAUGAUGGAGGUGGUGCAUCUCUCACAGUCUGCAGGGCCAAGUCUGCAGGAAACAUGAUGAAGGUUUCAUAAAGUGUUAUAUCAAAGAGCAUACAACACAGCAUUUGUUGUUAAAUAUGAUGCAUUAAUACCUCUGAUGGCAUUUAUUAUUGAGAUAUGGGUCCAAAACUACAGUGGUGGUGGCUAAGCAAGAACUAUUUCAUGCACAUGCGUAGUACAUAAAAGAAGUGUCACAUGCAUAUCACAUGCCUUAAAUUCAAGUAUCAUAUUGUGAUCUGUCAGAAGCCAUAAUAAUGUGUCACAUAAGGCUGAAUAUCCAAAUCCAGAUUUGCAUUUAACUUCAUAGUAAUGCUUUAAAACAAACAUUCAGGUACCAAAUGGAUGGAUAUGGGUUUGAGUAUUUCAUCAAUUUUGCCAAAUACUUUGUCCAAUAUUGUUAUAAAGAAUCAUGCAGGAUGCUUCUGUUUUUAUAAUUGAUAAUUAUAUUAAACAGUGAAAUUGUGAAUUUGGAUAGAAGUUGAUGUAUUGUGGAAUAGCUUAAUGUGCACGAAAAGUAAUUUUUAUUUGAUCAAAUUAAUAGCACUGCAUUGCUAUAUGAACUACUAUCUUUUUACAUAAAAGUUUUUGUAGCUAUGCUAUAUAUUGUGUUGUAUGAACAACUUUAACAUUAUAUAAUUAGCCUAAUUAGUUUUUGCAAUUCAUUAGAAAUCAUGUUCAUUUCAGACGUGGGGGUAACAGUUUAUCUUUUAGAUGAUUACAUUUAAUAAGGUGAACUAAAAUUAAAAUGUAUCUUAGCUACAAUAUACUCAGUAUUUUUUUUCAAAAUGGUUGAGUUCAAACUUUUAUAUAAAAGCAUGGUUACUUACUUCUAAAUGACUAGUACAUAUUUGGGUUAUCAUAUGGUGUACUUCUACUAACAAUAAUGUUAAAAUCAUUUGACCUUGACAAAACAGCGGUUUAAUAGUUUAUAUUUAAGUCUCCUCAAUUAUUCAAUUUAUGUUAGAUCCAUAAUAAAAUAACCCAAGUACAUGCAGUAGUUGCCUACUACUGUCAAGUAUGGACACAUAAUUUUAUAUUCUAAGCCGAAUUCUAUAAUUACUUAUAUUAUAGUUAGAUGACCUCAAGUAAUUUCUUAAUGAUUAAGAACAGGCAGAGUGAGCAAACCCUUCUUUAUCAUAAAGAUAUUACUUCAGGUCAUCUUACUAACUUCCUGGAAUAUUACCUCAUUGGCUGACACAUUGUCAACACAAACUCUGAUGCAGGGAGUUUGUAUCUAAAGAUUGAAAGAAGGUGGACAUCUAAAUACCAACAUAAGUUUAAAUUCUAGUGCUUAAUGAUUGCCUGUCUGCAGUUUCAUUGGCUGAACAUUUAAGUUGGUAUUCUAAUUUAGGAUAAAGCUCUAAUCUAAUGAUGUACAUGCUUUGACCUGGGUCUGUUUUGUGUAUGCUUGUUUGCAAUUAAAGGUUGCUGGUAUCUAUUUGAAAUGUCUUGGUAUAAAUACAUCAUUUAUAAUUCUGUACCAUUCACAGGCAGAAUCUUGAUUUGUAAAGUUGUGUUGUUGAACAUUAUUUAUAUAUAUAUUUUUUUUAGAUCUUGAAAAUAAAUAUACAAAACCUG